UUUCUCUUUCUCCAUUGAAAUCAGUUAUGUAAACAAUACAAAUCGCAGUAAAAAGCAAGCUGCGUUGCUGUAGAUCAGUUCUUUCUUUUUUCUAUCUCUCAUAUUGUUUAAACCAACAUGGAUAGAUCUUUAGUUUUAUUUUAUAGCCAUUCAUGAGUGAGCGCCAAAUCGGAAAACCAGAAUUGAGUAUCAACGCAGUUGAGAAACUACGGAAAAAGACGAAAAAAAAGGAACGAAAAUAAUUGGUUGCCCGCUAUUUCUGCACAUUUGACUGAUGCGCAUUGGCCGUACAACUGUUGAAAUCACUCACCCUUUUUUUAAUACCUUUUAUCCUAUUUCAAACAUAUAAUCCUUCGUCCUUGUUGAAGGAUGUUAAAUACCAUUUCUGCCCUGCUGGCAGCUUCCUACUUGACAGUGAUUGCUGCACAGUUGACGUGUAACAUUACAGACCCUUUUCCUACGAACACCGACUUUUCCGCUGUCCUGAUCAACCACUCCAUUUACCUCAUCACCAAUCAUUCGGCCCAAUUCGGAAUAUGGACGUUAGAUCUAUCGCAAGGUCUGUCAGUCAAAGAGUGCUUACCGUGGCAACCACCCCUAUUUUCCGAUAUCCUCGGCCCAAACGAAACGUCGUAUCAGGAUAUAGUGGCAUUUCGAGGAUUCAACGACAGUAUCUAUCUUCAACCAGGACACACCGAUCCCCAUGCAUCGGUUUCUGUUGUACGCUAUGAUACCUUGGGUUCCUGGGAAAUUCUGGAAACCCCCGGCACGAUCCCAUUCGCACGAGUACAGCAAACCGCCUCGACGAACCGGGUCACAGAUUUAGCUUGGUUCUUUGGUGGUUGGUCUCAAGCCGCGGACGGGUCAAAAACAUAUUAUAACCACUUCUAUAGUUUCGACCCAAAAGCGCAUGAGUGGAACUGGCCACAAGUGAAAUAUGCAUGGGGUCAACGGCCUGCACGUUACGGUCACAGUGCUAAUUUGAUAAUGCAUCAAUUGACGAUUUUAGGUGGAGAACCAGCGGUCUUCAAUUCAAGUAGUAAUACCUGGGUUACCGCUUUGCCAGGGUUGCAAAGCAUACUAGUGUUUGACACCAUUCAGCUCCAGGCAGUCAGUAUGAUUACGUUGGGUGAUAUUCCGCCUAUAACGAACGGGUUUUCCGCUGUUGUGAAACCCGGUUCUUCUCAUAUCGUAAUAUUUGGUGGUUACGACGCGACGGCACCCUCGUUCCAGCCUUCGCAAGAUGUUUAUAUUAUGGAUACAUGCACUUUGACAUGGUCCAAAGCGCAAACGACCGGUGUUGCACCUGCAGGUCGUUCCCAUCAUGCUGCUGUCGUGUAUGGGGAUUACAUGAUCAUUCUGCUGGGAAAUACGCUUCCAACAGCGGAACCCAAUGACAGUAUCGGUAUUUUGGAUUUACGGAACUGGACAUGGGUCGAUCAUUUACCGCCAAUAAAUCCAUAUGAGUCUGUGGGUUCUGCGGCACGCGGCCCUGAAUGCAUGUUUGAAUUUCCCAAUAUGCCGCAUCACGAUAUUGAUAAUGGUGGAGAUGGCACAUCUGGCUCAACAAAUCCAACGGUUAUUUCCAAUCCGAAUGGCGGAAGCCUCAGUACCAAGGCCGCUUUCGGUAUCGGAUUUGGGGUGGCUGGAUUUCUGAUCGUCUCUGCUGCACUGGGCUACUUCUUAUACAGACAAAGGAAAAACGCUCAUGUUAAUAACCCGCGAUGGCUUCCUGCGAAACUCAAGAGAAGUACCGCAGCGAACAAGCAAAACCCAAUUUCGCCGUCGUCGGCCAACAAUGAUUAUCCACUGGCUUCGGUCGACUCCAAAAUCAAGCAGCCUUCUGAUUCCGAGCACCCGUAACAAACCCUCCAUCCUUCCAUCCUACUCCCGUAAUUACUUAUCCAUGUUAUUCUAUGUACAUUUUGUGUAAAUCAUCCUUUUCCAAUUGUAAAUCCAUGCACAACCAUAUAUCAUACCUGUCCUGACCAGGAACAAAAUCCAUCUUUUUAUCUUUG